AUGUCUUUAGAACAGCAGCCUUUGCACGUCGUUAUAAGGAUUCCUUAUAAAAGACCACAUGGUUUUGUUGAGCCACCCUCUGUUGUAUGGACUGAGGAGAUGGAACAAAAACUAUGGGAAAUUCUUACUCAAAAUAAACGACAAAGCAUUGACUGGUAUGCUGCUUCCCGUCUUUUAAAUGUGCCUGUCCCGUAUCUCCUGCGACAUGCUUCAUUUUUAUAUGAAACACAGUUGCGUGGAGUUCAGAAACAGUUACGACGAGGGGAAACUUUAAGUGCUAGUAAUAGCGGAAUUAUAGGUAGUCGUAAUAGGGCAUCAAGUCGAGCAUCUUUAACAAAGGUUUCGAUAUUUGAGGGUGAUGGGACGAUAAUUGGUCACCAAAGACCUCCAUCUGCAAUGUCAAAUGCAAGCAGAGAACAACACAUCACAUCUCGUGGCGGGCAUGUUGGUUCACAGGAUAUGACACGGACGGGUAGCAAUACUAGUUUGACAGAUGGGCGUAAGCAAACAAGUGGAUCGGCUUCUUCUUCUCUGGAUGCUUCAGUCGUACAAUCGACAAAUGAAACAUCUCAAGUAAAAAAUGUAUUAGUUCAUACGCAAACCACACCAUCUCCCCUUCCAAUUGGAAUGACUAAUAUAUCAGGACGUCCAACAUCUCCUUCUUCAUCUGUCUCAACAAUUACAACUGAUCAAAUUAUAAAACAAUCUACUCAUAUCGCUCAAAAACAAGAUAAUUAUACAACAAUUUUGCCCGCGUUAGAAUCAUCAACAAAUACGUCAUUCGCCACACCUUCAGCAUCAGUGGCCAUGCCUCUAUCUCGAACCCUUUCAAAUCCAUUGUCUCUUGAUACGCAUGAUCUUUCUAGUAAUAUGAUGACUCCAAAUAUUGAUCCUGAUAAUGAUUACGAUGAAUACUUUGAAGAAAAUGAUUCACUAAAAAAGAGUGAUGAAUUUUCUUUGAGCGAUAGAUUAGCAAAAUUGCAAAUGCAAGAUCUUGCAGCUUUUCUACCAAUAUCUCAGAAAACCGGUCCUAUUGAUACAAAUAAUUCUUUGGAAAAUAAUGAUUUAACAGGGACUCCGAUAAUUAAUUUAACACCAAAUUCACAACAGCCUUCAAAUACAGCAACAAAAGGAUCUGCAGCAUCAGGAGAUUCUCAACAAUCUCUUAGUGCAAAUGAUUCUGCAAAUUCCUCAUCAUCUUUAGAUUCAUUAACUCAAUCUGAAUUGGAAAGCGCGUAUUUAGAAGCAUCAAAUUUUAACAAUUCUAAAAUGUCCGUAUGUUCUCCCCGAAAAAGUUUUAAUUAUCCUGGUGCAUAG